ACCUCACAGACAAAAUCUAAUAAAAUUUGGAAUGGCACUAACCCCAGACGAUGUAACGCAGAUCGAUCAAUUAUAUAAUACACCUUGUAAGAAGUAUACUGACGGCUGGAGUAUGAUCACAGAUCUAGAAAACAGACUGAAAAUCAGCAAAGGAAAAAUGGAGGAAUUCAUUGGUUCGUUGGAAACCCUUAAUCUGCCGCUGGCAAUUAAUGCGCUAACAGAAGGUCUGUAGGUCUAAUCUGUAAAUACUGUUUGGACAUCUGUGCCUCUUCUCAACUAUUGUUCAAUUCUACUGUUACUGGAAGAAAGAGUUUACACAACAAGUUCAUGACCUUUGACAUGUGAUAAAUAGCAAGAGAAACAGAUGAUGUACAUAAUGUGUAGAAGGAACGAAGGAUUUUCAGGUUAUGUUGAUGCAAUUAUCGAACUCAUUACUGUACGAUGACCACAACAAUUAUUGUACAAACAUCAAAUAAAGAUGGCAGUGAUCUGCUAAGAUUCACGACCACUGUUAGUGGCCAGUAGUUCAAAGAUACAUGAAAUGCGGUCAGAUCAUGCAAAUUUCAACCCCUGUGGCCAAAGGGAUAUUUCAGAAAGUAGCGCGCACUUAUGAUGACGGGGAAGUAUGAAGAAGCUCUGAUGUCGUUACUUCAGGGACUAUCGCUUGACCCCAAUGUCACCAGCGCUAAAACAACACUGGCUCAGGUGAGCGAGAGCUUAGCUUCUAAAUCAGGAAGCAAUUCUGAAGACACUUACUGUAAAGAUGAAGUAAAAACCAAAGAUGCCUUUGAUAUUGGUGCAGUGUGCGCUCAAAAGAAACGAAAGCAUUCUGACCCCACUACUGGUACAGAGUUGAAACCAUGUGAACCAAGGUUGAUUGCACCGCACCUUCUAACUCGAAGCGACUACGAAUGUAGCCUUUGUUUUCGGCUGCUUCACAAACCUGUAACAACACCGUGUGGUCAUACCUUCUGUACAGGUUGUCUCAAUAGGUGUUUGGAUCAUAAUCCUCGGUGUCCGCUAUGCAAGCACUCCUUAACAGAG